AUGGACGCCGUCAUCGCCGGCAGCGCCACUUGCGCCUCCAACGCUGUAGUCUUCGGCCGUGGUACAUUCGACUCUGGGAACAUGGGUGUAUGGGUGGGCCCUUUCCUCAAAGACAGUUUACUCUCCGCCUUUAACGGUGACGUCCACGUCCAAGGCGUCAAUGCAGAAGACUACCCCGCUAACCUCGAAGACUACGUCAAAGAAGGCGGGAGCGAGAGCUGUGGUGAUGCGUGUGCGAGGACGGUGGACGCGUACGUUGAGAAGUGCCCCGAAGCCAAUAUCUUUUUGUCGGGGUGGAGUCAAGGUGCUCUCUGCGCGCACAAAUGCGUUAAUCGUGUCAAUGACGCAGCUCGCAAGCAACUCAAAGGCCUCGCUACUUUUGGAGAUGAGAAUGCGCUGAUGGACGAGCCUUCAACUGUUCCGGCUGGUCUGUCCUUCAAGUCGUACUGCAACGAGGAUAAUGCGUCUCCGGAUCUUCUGUGCACAGAAAGCGCGCUCUCCGGAAUUGAUUUGCCGGACAGUAUCUCAGAGUGGAAAGCCACGGUAUACGACAAUCUCUCGCUACUAAAGGAUGUCGCAACGAAUUCCGCCCAAUUGAAAGCUGCAGCCUCGGUACCUGUGAGCAUACUCAGUGGCUUCUUUGGCGUGUCAAAGUAUUUCCUGCUUGAUGUUGCUAAGGGAAAUGUGAGGAGGUGGCUAGUGCUUCCUCCGCACUUUGUGUAUGGAAAUAACGGCAUGGCGGGUCAGGCGGCGAGCUGGAUGGCAAGCUUAGUUUGA